UGCAUGCUGGGAUCUCUCUGAAACGCCGGGUUACUUGAAGGCUUCGCUAGCUCCAGAAACAUCCAAGGGUCUUUGGCAACCCGGUGCCACCAAUACGGAAGGUCUUAUCUUUCUGGUUGAAAGAAGAAAUUGCUGGUUGGCUUCGGUCUCCACAGAGGAUGGAGCGGAGGACUAAGCAUCACUAAGGAGAAGUCAGGUGACUAGUCUGAAGGGAAGCUUUCCCUGAGGUUCAGACUCGAGCUUGGGGGGAAGCACAUGAUGCCGGAACUACCUCCCAGGGUCGCCUAGGGGGGCAGCUGCUUGUUGAAUUCCGUAAGCAUCUCAGAGCCCUAGCCACGUGAGUGUUGUGGGAAGUGAAGGAAGAAGUGCUCAGUGAGGAUGCUCUCGGAUACAGUCUGGGAUCUCAUGCUCCUCCCCUAGUCGGGCAUUAUUCCAAAGGAGAGCUGGAGAAGAAUGAAAGCAUUAUUGCUACACAUCUAAGGCCCAAGGGGGAAGAAGCCUGAAGAAGAAUGGCCAGCUCCAGUUCUCAACACACGGUCUGUGGGUCAGUGACAUUUAGGGACGUGGCUGUUGACUUCUCUCAGGAGGAGUGGGCCUGCCUGGAUGCUACUCAGAAGGUCCUCUACAGGGACACGAUGUUGGAGACCUACAGCCACCUCGUCACAUUGGUAGGAAGUUGCAUUUCCAAGCCAUAUCUGAUCACCUUACUAGAGCAGGAGAAAGAGCCCUGGAUGGCUGUGAAGGAAGAAACAGACAGGCCGAGCCCAGAUUUGGAGUCAGAAUAUGAAACUCAAGAACUAUUUCCAGAUAACCACAUAUAUACUAUAAAUUUAUUAUCCAAACAGACCAUAAGGCAUAUAAGUGAAACUUUUGAACUUAAGGGCUCCAGUUUUAGUAAUGGCCACAACUAUAGUACAUUCAGAGGACUACAGGAUUGUCAAGAAGGAGAUGUUGAUCAAAAGAAUACUAACAAGGAAAAAGUACCCACUUACACCUGCCACACUCUAACUCACAGUUUAGAAAAACUAUAUGAAUGUAAGGAGUAUGGGAAGUACUUUGGUUGUAGUUCAACUCUUACUCAGUAUCAGAGUAGUCAUUCUGUAGAAAAACCCUAUGAAUGUAAGGAUUGUGGGAAGGCCUUCAAAAUACAACAGCAUCUUACAAGACAUCUGAACGCUCACAGUGAUGAGAGACCUUUUGAAUGUAGUGAAUGUGGUAAGUCUUUCAAGCAUGACUCCAGCCUUGUUCAACAUAAGUUUCUUCAUGCUGGUGUGAAACCAUUUGAAUGUAAUGAGUGUGGGAAAGCCUUUAAUCGUCGCUCAAACUUCAUGCGUCAUCAGAAAAUUCAUUCUGGUAAGAAACCCUUUCACUAUGAAGAGUAUGGAAAUGCCUUGAAUGUUCUAGCAGAGCUCAUCACUCAGCCCCGGAACAUUCAUACUGGAAAGAAAUCAUUUGAAUGUAAACAGUGUGGAAAGAUAUUCAAUAGUGGCUCCUACCUUAUGCAGCACCAGAAUAUUCACACCAGUGAGAAAGCCUUUGGGUGUAAUGUAUGUGGGAAAGCUUUUAGGCUUCAAGCAUAUCUUUCUGAGCAUCAGAAAACUCACACUGAUGAGAAGCCUUUCCAGUGUAAGUUGUGUGGGUCAGUCUUCAGACGUAAGUACCAUCUUACUGAACAUCAGAGAAUCCAUACUGAUGUGAAACUAUAUCAGUGUGAGGAAUGCGGAAAAUUCUUUCGUCGACGCUCAAAUUUUAUUGAGCAUCAGAGUAUUCACAGUAAUGUGAAACCUUAUAAAUGUAAGCUGUGUGGAUUAGACUUCAGACUUCAGUCCCUACUUAAUCAACAUCAGAGAAUUCAUACUGAUGAAAAACCAUACCAGUGCAAGGAAUGUGGGAAAUUCUUCCGUCGAAGGUCAAAUUAUACCGAGCAUCAGAGUAUUCACACUAAUGUGAAACCUUACAAGUGUAAUCUGUGUGGGUCAGCCUUCAGACUUCAGAGCCUACUUACUCAACAUCAGAGAAUUCAUACUGGUGAAAAACCAUAUGAAUGCAAGGAAUGUGGGAAAUUCUUUCGUAGAAGUUCAAAUUUUAUUGAGCAUCGGAGUAUUCACAGUAAUGUGAAACCUUUCAAGUGUAAGCUGUGUGGGUCAGACUUCAGACUUCAGUCCCUGCUUAAUCAACAUCAGAGAAUCCAUACUGGUGAAAAACCAUAUCAGUGCAAGGAAUGUGGGAAAUUGUUUCGUCGAAGGUCAAAUUAUACUGAGCAUCAGAGUAUUCACAGUAAUGUGAAACCUUUCAUGUGUAAGCUGUGUGGGUCAGCUUUCAGACUUCAGUCCCUACUUACUCAACAUCAGAGAAUUCAUACUGGUGAAAAACCAUAUCAGUGCAAGGAAUGUGGGAAAUUCUUUCGGAGAAGUUCAAAUUUUACUGAGCAUCAGAGUGUUCACACUGGAAAGAAACCCUUUGACUGUAAGAAAUGUGGAAAAGCCUUUAGACUUAAUAUACAUCUUAUUCGCCACCAGAGAUUUCAUAAUGGUGAAAAUGCAAAGAGUGUAGAGAGGCCUUUUGUCUUAUGAGCCAUAAAACAAAUUUAUUCAGGUUAAAAACAAUUUGAAUGCAAGGAAUGUUGGAAGUCCUUUAAAUGUGUCUCCACUCUUAUUUGACAUAGGGUUAUUCAUGCUGCUGUGAAACCAUAUGAAUGUAAUGAGUGUGGGAAAGGCUUUGAUUGUUCAAAGCUCAUGCAACAUCAGAAAAUUGAUUCUGAUGAGAAACCGAUUCAGUGUAAGGAAUGUGGAAAGGCCUUCACUGUUCUGGCUCAGCUUACUAAGUACCAGAGCAUUCGUGCUGGAAAGAAGUCCUUUGAAUGUGAGUGAACAGUGCUGGUCAGCUUUCAGACUUGGUACCAACUUAUUCAACAUCAGAAAAUCCAUACUGAUGUGAAACCCUAUCAGUGCAAGGAAUGUGGAAAAGGCUUUGUUCAUGGUCCAAGACUUAGAAUUUAUGAGAGAACCCACAAUUGUGAUUCAUACUGGUGAGAAACCUAACCAAUGUGAAGAAUGUAUAAAGGUCUUUAGUCAAAAAUCAAGCUAGUUGGGCUCUACAUUUCAUAUUAGUAGAAGCCUUAUGAAUAUAAAGAAUGUGAAAAGGCCAUUAACAAUAAUUCU